AUGCUGUCUUUUCACUCAUCAACAACCCCCUCCCACUCUCUUCAAAUCCCCAAACCCUCCUCCACUCCUACACCACUACAAACCCUAGAUUCAGACGAGGUAGCUCCUUCCACCGCCACCGCCACCCAAACCCCCGAUUCCCACUCCUCCACCCUCCUCCACCUCUCCUUCAACCAGGACUCUGGCUGCUUCGCUGCCGCCACCGACCAUGGCUUCCACAUCUACAACUGCGACCCCUUCCGCGAGAUCUUCCGCCGCGACUUCGGCCCCGACGACGGCGUGGGUCUGGUCCACAUGCUCUUCCAAUGCAACAUCCUCGCCUUCGUGGGCGGUGGCUUUGAACAAGUUGAUGAUCUGGGACAACCACCAGUCCUGGUGCAUCGACGAGCUCUCUUUUCGGUCGGAGGUGAAGGGCGUCCGUCUCUAGUGUGACCGCAUCGCGGUGGUCCUGGCCCACAAGAUUGAGACUAUUGCUAACCCUAAGGGCCUCUACGACCUCUUUUAUAUUUCUGCCACCAUGGUGUUGGUGUGCCCUGGCCUGCAGAAGGGCCAGGUUAGGGUUGAGCAUUACGCCUCCAAGAGGACCCUUCGCCCUCACUCACGAUGGACACUUGCUCACCACCGCCAGCUCCAAGGGCACCCUUGUUAGGCUCUUCAACACCCUCGAUAGUUCCUUGCUCCAAGAGGUCUAUUCCAUCUCAUUCUUUCUUGCUUUUCACUUGGGACAAAACUUAAAAUGCUUUUUCCAUUGUUCUCUUUUCAAAAUCAGAGUUUCACUUCAGUUAUAUACUCUAUGCAUUUAAGAACAGCAUAGGUAAAUGAGAAGAAACUUCAAUUAAGAAUGAACAACAAUGCCAAAAUCACCCAAGGAAUUGCAACUUGGUUGCAUGGCUGCUUAUAGUAUUGGUUUGCAAUCAGAAUUAGAGUUUCAUUUAUUAAAGGUUUGUGCGUUGUGAAUGUUAUUUUAAACGCUAUCUUUUCUUAUUAUGUGUCUGUUAGCACGAUCUUUUUUUUUUCCUGUGAAUCUUGUGGUUUGGAUUUUUUCUUUAUUUCUAUUUUUUUGAGUGUUCUUGGGUUGUUGUUUCAUGUUUGAAAUUGGGAGGUUGAAAAUAUUGGUAUUUAUGAUGUGUUGAACUUUGAUUUCAAAUUAGGGAACUGAGAAGGAAUGUGGAGAGCUUGGUAUUUGUCUUUCUCUCUAAAAGGAUGGUCCUGUGAUGGGAAAGGAACCAAUCUAACUCUAAUUUGUUAUGGAUUUGAUUUACAUAGUGGUUGUUUCUUGAUUCA